GAGUAGCGAGACACCGGCGCGCACGCACGUCUUAUAACAACCGCGCGUGACGCACCGCGAACCGUGAAUUCGAAUUACGAAACAGACAAUAAAUAAAUUAUCAGUGAAAAUGUUGCCAGUGGUACUGUUAUCGGUGUUUACAACAAGUUUGGCGUUCACGACGCAUCGGUACGAUGUUUAUGAAAGUUAUGGUGAAUAUCGCCCCAUCGCUCCCCUCACAGACAAUAUUUACUCGAGCGGGAGCAGCAAUGGACGGCGACCUGUGCAAACUUACGAGUUACCGAGGAAAGUUGAUGGUGUUGUGUCAAGUGGUGUGUUGAACCAAGGACCUGUAAUUAACGGCAAUGAGUGGCGUUGGGCUGAUGUGCAGCACAGUUAUCAGUACCCAAACCAGAGGAAUUACAGACCGGUCCCUUUGAACAGAGUGGCCGUCACUCAACCAACUAAGAACUUCAUAUUUUUUCAAAAUUCCGAUCAAAAUAGAAAAUAUGAUACAGGUACUGUAAGUCCGCCAGUUUCGAAGCACGAUCAAGCUGUCAAUAAAAUUGAUGAAGCUAAUAAAUUAAAUAAAACAGAAGGGAAUGGGUAUGUUUCAAACAUUAGCACACAAUCGCAUGACGUCAACCGUACAUUUGUCAUUAAUCAACAAAUUACCUGGAAUUAUGACCAGCAAGGUUUUAACCAAGACAAUGCUAAUGUUUCUACUAGAAGCAUCGACUCUAACAGCAAUUUCAACUAUUUAACUCCAAAACAAGAUACUGAUAAGAUUUAUCUCCCAACGAAAACAAAUAACACAUCCGUUUAUAAUAACAAAACAAGCCAAUUUGAUGUAAACACGAAUUAUAGCAGUGACAAUAACAAGGUUAGGAGCGAACCCAAUGCCAACGUGGAUCGUUUUAAUAAUGAAACCAAUGAGCCUAGAUACGGAACCAAAACCACAGCUGACAACGAAGUGACUCCCAAAAUAGAAUUGAAACCAGAAAAGGAUGACGACAGAUGGGUUUGGGGUAACGCUGACGACAAGAUUGUGGAGACCACGACCCUGGUGAAUCUUGAUGAUAGAGCUGCUUUCACAGGUAACGCCUGUCCUCAGGGGAAAGUCAAGGUUGGAGAUAGAUGCGUCACUCGUGACUCGUGAAGACAUGGAAGGGAUAUGUGACUUUAAGUUCGGAGAUAUGGCGAAGGGAGGUAGAUCAGUUCUGCUGACUCCUGUAGAUAGAUAGAUUGAAGAUGUCCGAGUGGAAUGUGUUCGCAGUAUUAUGAAAGUGCUCGGAAUAUCAAUUGUGUGAGGUCGUUGUGCCGAGACAGAUUUUAGUGGAAAUAUAACAAUUUAGAUAUUUACUGAAUCAAAUUCGCGGAAGCAUGAAGAUAAAGAAUGUUAUAUAAGUGGUUCGUUGGAUUCUUUAGAUAAAUUGUGAUUGUAUAUGUAUAGUUCCUAAAUAAUAAGAAGCUAAAAUUAAACGUUGGUUCUAGAACUCUUAGGUAAUUGUAAGAAACGCUUAAUAUUUAUAAGGCGACCCAAAAUGAGUACAUAAAUACAAUAACUAUUAAAACCCUGUAUAUUUUAAGCCGUGUUUACAAUCAUUUAUAUACAAGUCCUCGUGUUUAUAAAUGGUAUCACCAUAAUUAACAUAUUAAACGAUAUAAAUAUGUAUUUGUGGUAACGUUUGGGUUUUUGUAUAAUAAAAGUUGUUUUCGUCAAUGUCAUAAUAAUAAUGUUUGUGUCUGAUGUUGACGUUGAUUCAGUAACGAAGUAUGGUAUGACAUCAUACAGGCCUUUAAUGUGAAACAGGGACGUUACUUUAACUUCUAAUUUAAUUCUCUGUCUACCGAAAUAUUAUAAUUUUUAAGAAUCUCGUAAUUCUAUAUAAUGUUGUAUUAAUGUAAAAAUAUAUAUCUGUUACCAAAAGUAAUUCAACAUUAGCUUAUUUGUGUCAAGUAAUCAAGCUAAAACCAAAGUUGUAAAGAUUCCAGUUUGUAAUAAGCCAGCUAUUAUAAGUGAACAUGAAGUUUGUGCGGAAGAAGGAAGAAUACUUCUGUAUGUAACAUAGUUGUGUUUUACAAAUAAUAAAUACUUUGACUUUAAUGUUUCCAAGAUCUUUAAUGAGAAAUCAGUAUAAUUGGCUUCGUAGUUUAUUAUCAUUGUAAAAUCGUAUCACAUUCUAAAUGUUUGUUUUUAUUUAUCGUAAUUGGUUCUUUUAAUUAAGUAGUAUAAAUGAGGAUUCACAAAUAUGAAUUUUCAAAUAGAAUAUGACUGUUUAUGGUUGUAAACAUUGUUCAAGCUUUAAAUAUAAUUGUAAGUACCUACUUUUAAGUAACUAAUUAAAAAAAAGAAAAUAAAAUUCCUAAAUUGAA